GUUUCAUAUUCGCACUUGCAUUGAAUAGGUAUUGGAUAACGUGUUGAUUAGCGGUAGUUUUGACAAGUUGUGUUACUCUACGAGAUCUUACUCUAAAUUAGCGAAAUGCCGUUUAUGCAAAGGAGAGUGUACAAAAUGGACAAAAUGCAGAAGGCAGAGGAAAGGAUCAAGUCUAAUCCCUGGGAUAUCGAGGCAUGGAGUGUUUUGUUGCGUGAUGCUCAAAGUAAAAAGAUUGAUGAUGCAAGGGAAGUUUUUGAACGUAUUGUUACCCAGUUCCCGGUAGCUGGUCAGUAUUGGAAGAUCUAUAUUAAUCAGGAGAUGAAAGCCAAAAACUAUGAAAGAGUUGAAAAAUUAUUUCAACGUUGUCUAGUUAAGAUAUUAAACAUUGACCUAUGGAAAAUAUACUUGCAGUAUAUUAAAGAAACUAAAGGAAAGCAUCAAACUUUCAAGGAGAAAAUGGCACAAGCUUACGAUUUCACUCUGGAUAAAAUGGGCCUAGACCUUAAUUCUUAUUCAAUAUGGGCAGACUACAUAUCCUUUCUUCGUUCAACUCAAGUUCAAGGUUCAUAUGCGGAAAGUCAAAAAAUAACUGCAACUAGACGUGUGUACCAACGUGCAAUUGUUACUCCUAUGCUUGGUAUCGAAACUAUUUGGCGUGAUUAUUGUAUGUAUGAGAACUCAAUCAAUCCUCUUAUCGCAAAAAAGUUUACCGAAGAACGUAGUCGGGACUAUAUGAAUGCACGUCGUGUAGCUAAAGAAUAUGAAGUUAUUACAAAAGGAUUGUCCAGGACUAUGCCAUCAGUGCCACCUCAAAAUACACCAUAUGAAGCCAAACAGGUCGAACUGUGGAAGAAGUAUAUUCAAUGGGAAAAAGAUAAUCCAUUGAAAACAGAAGACAUCAUCACAGUCACAAAAAGAGUAAUGUUUGCCUAUGAACAAUGUCUUUUAUGUCUUGGACAUCACCCAGAUAUAUGGUAUGAAGCUGCUAGCUACUUGGAUCAUGCAAGCAAAAUUUUGGUUGAAAAGGGAGAUCAAACAACAGCUAGACAAUUUGCCAACGAUACGGCGGCAAUGUAUGAACGAGCUAUUGCUUUACUCAAAACAAAUAUGAUGUUAUAUUUUGCUUAUGCCGAUUACGAAGAAGGUCGGUGUAAGUAUGCAAAAGUUCAUUCUAUCUACAAGAAGUUAGUUUCAUUGGAGAAUAUUGAUCCGACAUUACCUUAUAUACAGUAUAUGCGAUUCGCCAGGAGAGCUGAAGGUAUAAUGUCUGCUAGAUAUGUGUUUAAACUAGCUCGUGAUGAUUCACGCAUUACUUAUCAUGUUUACUGUAGUGCUGCAUUGAUGGAAUAUUUUUGUAGUAAAGAUAAAACUAUUGGACAUAAAAUAUUUGAGUUAGGCAUGAAACGUUUCGGUGGUAUUGCGGAAUAUGUAUUGUGCUAUGUUGAUUUUAUGGCACAUUUAAAUGAAGAUAAUAAUAUACGUGUGUUAUUUGAACGAGCUUUAGGAUCAAAUCAAAUUACACAAGAACGUGCACGUCUUAUAUGGGCUAGAUUUUUACAGUUUGAAUCACAAGUUGGCGAUUUGGCUAGUAUUCUGAAAGUAGAAAAACGACGUUUACAAGCAUUGGAUAGUUCGAAAGAAUUUUCAAGAUUAGAAACCGCACUUCUAAUUGAUAGAUAUCGUUUCCUAGAUUUAUUACCAUGUACAGAUUCAGAGCUUAGAUCUUUGGGUUAUCGAGAACUCACUCGCUUUCAGUUGGCGGGAAUUGGCAAAGGAUAUGAUGAUAUAUUGUGUGGUGUGAUCUCUUCCCAUGGAGCUGCUGGGGUUUCUUUAGGAUCCACACUAUCCGGUGUCUCUGGUGGUAGUGCAGGUGUAGUAGUCGGUGAUGCUCUUGGUUCAACAAUCAAUGGAACUGAUCCAAGGCCAACUUAUCCGCAACCUGAUGUCAGUCAGAUGUUACCAUUUAAACCGAAAGCGUAUCCACGUACUGGGAGUCACCCAGUAGCUGGUGGUGAAUUCCCACCACCACCGGCUGCUUCAUCUUUACUGAAACUAAUUCCACCACCACAAUGUUUUCAUGGCCCAUUUGUUGAUGUAGAUAAAUUUUUAGAACAUUUCCUAGAAUUAGAAAUCCCUGAUGAUUAUAUGGAAGUUGUUGCAGGUGAAUCCGAAGAAUUAGCUACAAGUAUUGACUCUGGUACAGCUUUAUCCAUUGAAUUGGCUAGUACGGCGACUUCCGCUGCCCCACUUUUGUUGGCUGCUCGUAAACGUCGACAGCAAUUAGCUUUAGAUAGUUUAGCUGGACAUGGUAACCGUGCUUCUGUGGCUAAUCAAUCUAAAUUACGUAAAAGGACAAAUCUAAAUGCUUUUGGAGACUCUGAAGAUGAAGAAGAAGAGGAUGAUGACGAUGAUGAUGAUGAUGAAGAUGAACGUGCAGCUGCCUUAUUGGGAGGUCAGAUUCUUGGCUCUGGAUCAGAGUUAAGAAAUCCUCUGUCUGCUGCUACUCUCGGCUGUAAUGUGCCUAUGGAUUUGUAUAGGUUGCGGCAAAUGCAAAGAGCUAAGUAACCGAUUUCUGACAUUUUCCUCCUUUGAGGGGAUCCCAUUUGUAUAAAGUUUUUAUUCCCUUUAAAAUCUUGAUAAGUUUUUGUAGUCUGAUCAAUAAAUGUUUUUUAUAUAGUUGUUUCACUUUUUUGGUUGUGGUCCCACUACAUUUCUUGUUCAAAUAGGUUUACAUUAAUUUACUGUGUGGAGUCAUUGUAUCGAAGAAGAAAGCUACCAUAUUAUCUUUAUUGAUAAAGUUCACAGAAAGUAUGAUUGUUUUAAGUUUUUACCAUUCCGUAUGCAGGACUAAUCUAUUAAGUAAAUGAACCGAAUAGGAGUGUAAAGUAACUCAGUUAUGCUGCAACAGAUGGAAGCUGAUUCGAGGUGUUUAUUAUAGUAAUAGACGAAGAACUUAAAGCAGUGAAUACUUCUUAUGAGAACAGAGAUGUUAUAAGAAACGGUUAUUUAUGUUGCCAUGACAAAUAUUAAGUCUAAUGUUUCUUUGUUCAGUGAUGCUUCAACUCCAUGGUCCAACAAGUGUUCGAAGAUGAGCGAAUGUAGAGUUAACGUUAUUGACUUCUCUUUGUGUUUGGAACAUUUUUCCUCCAAGAAGACUUUCUUCUUCAGAAGUUGGAAGCGAAGCACCUGAUCACUGCUGAAAUAUUUUGUAGGAAUUAGUUUCUUACAGACUCAAUUCUAGAUUGGUCUUCAGACUAUCAAGCACAGUGUCGUAGCCUAACCAAAGUUAGAACAAGUAGGCUAUUUGGCAUGGUAAACUUUAUCUUUUUCGAACAAUAACUAGAGGAUGGAAAAAAUGAGUCGACGAAACUUAAUAUCGUUUAUGAUGGACAUGGAAGAUUAUGAUUGAUGGAUAAACAAGGCUAAGUCAUAUAAGGUCAGAGAGAGUCAAUGUAAUGGUGGCUGUUUAGUUCCAUCGCUAGGUCCGCUCAUUCAUCAUGCUUUACAACUUUAGUGAGGUCGCAAUGUGUGCACUUAGUUUACUCCAUAGUUGUGGUUCCUAUGUCUUUGGAGUAAGUCCGUAAUUGUAGUUAUGGGCAGUUUCAAUAAGAUAUAUCGGACCCCCAUUAGUUCGACUAAGUUGAAAAGAUGGAGCUCCCUAUUGCGAAGUUCAUGGUAGAUGAGUAAGUAGUUCUGCUCGACUAGACUGUAAUAAGCUUAUCUUUACUAGUCUGAGUCUAAUAUAGGCUUAACUGUGGCAAGUUGGAUGCUUAGGUAGCAUAGGAUUAGACCUGAAUAACUCCAUGACUUUUGGAACUGAUCAAUCCUGGACUGGUGGCCGCAAUUUCCUGUUCCCUUAGUACAUACAGUCUAGACAGUUUUACUGAGUAGUGUUAUAUUUGAACGAGAAUAAAAAAUAUGGAUAUCAUAGAUACAGUGUGAUAAUGCUUCCACAAGUGUCGUUUCUGCCCAGUCAAUGUAUUAAUUAGCGCCAGCCAUAGUUAACCUUGUUGCUCAGCACCUAUUGACCAUCUCUAGUGUCAGAAUCACAUUCAGACUGACAACCAUUCCGGUGGGGCUCAGAGCUAUUUUGCCUAUCUUAUAGGUCUUCAUCAAGGCGUAGGACAAUCAGUGCUCUAGGCAUUGGUUCUCCGGAACCAAUGUAAUUUGAGAGAUCUGCCCCCAUAGAAUGGAACCUUGAGGUUCAUAUAUAUAUCAGUUGCAACAUCAUUUACGCGCUUAAAUGAUAAGUUCGGUUCACCUUACGUUUGCAUCUUUUCGAAACGAACAAGUGAGAACUGCAGCUAAAUCAUAAUUAAGGGAUUUAAUAUACUGUUUCAUGCCUACAUGAUGGUAAUAGCUUGAAUAUACUGUGUCUCAGAAAAUUACAUCUGACUACCUGGAAGAGAGUGGGAUUGACCGUGUACAAAUAAGAUGAUAAUAAUUGUGAAAAAGUUUCCAGUGUUAGACUGGUCUCCCAUAAAUGACCAAACGUUAUUCCUGAUUAUUAAAGUCCAGGGCCUCAGGGUUUGUAAUAAUCACGUUUUGACCCUGAAUGACAUUAUUGAGAGUAAGACUCUGUUGUAGGACUGUGAUCUUAGUUGUAGUAGUAGUAAGAUGAAAUACUGGACACUAAGAGCGUAGCCAGGAGAAUCAAGUAGUGUAUAGCACUUACAUUUAUAUUCCACAAAUGUCUGUUACAUGGUCUAAUAAGGAAGAAGUAAAUUGAACCCUCAACACUAUUUUCAACAAGCAGCUAUACCAGGGAUAAUGGGAGUACAAAAGAACCGCUACAAUGGUGUCGAUCAUGGAGCUAAUUGCGAACCUUGUAGCGCCUUACCAGGAUCUGUAAAUGAUGAGAACGUGACAUGAAAAUCCACGAGGGUUAGCUUAUUAUCUUUCUCAGAUUUUCUUAAACCUUUUUUAUAUUUUAUUUCUGUUUUUUGUUGUUUUUUUUGGUUUUAUUUUUUGGAAAAAAACUUGUUGAAAUAACUCGUGCUGAGAACUCU